AUGUCUGAUUUGGAUACAGUUUCAAAUUUAUUGUCACAAUCUGUUAUUGCUGCAACUUCCAAACAAGCAGAAAACCAAUUAAAGGCAUUGGAAACUCAGCCGGGUUUCUCUUUAACCCUAUUACAUGUUAUAUCUUCCACUAAUCUUCCGAUUUCCACUAGGUUAGCUGGUGCAGUUUUUUUCAAAAAUUUGAUAAAGCGUAGAUGGGUGGACGAAGAUGGUAACCAUUUAAUUAGCGAUUCAGAAUUGAUUAAAAAGGAGAUCAUCCCAUUAAUGAUCACAUUACCAAAUAACCUACAAGUUCAAAUUGGGGAGGCAAUUUCUACAAUAGCUGACUCAGACUUCCCCAUGACAUGGUCCACUUUGAUUUCUGAUUUAGUAUCUAAACUAACGGCAAAUGACAUGGUCACUAAUAAGGGUGUUCUAGUAGUAGCGCAUUCUAUUUUUAAACGUUGGAGGCAUUUGUUCAGAUCUGAUGAUUUAUUUUUGGAGAUUAAAAUGGUGUUAGAGCAAUUUUUUGUCCCAUUUUUCCAAUUAUUACAAAAUGUUGAUCAGCAGAUCACGGAGAAUUUUCAAAACCAAGCAAAACUAGAACUUUUAUUUGAGGUAUUAUCAGUUUUGGUUAAAUUGUAUUAUGAUUUAAAUUGCCAGGACAUUCCUGAGAGUUUUGAAGAUAACAUCAAAGUGGGUAUGACAAUUAUGCGUAAAUAUUUAGAUUAUCAAAAUCCUUUAUUAGAAGAUGAAGAUGACGAUGAGCAUCCAAGUAUUAUAAGUAAAGUUAAGUCCUCAAUUCAAGAAUUGGUUCAGUUGUACACAACAAGAUAUGAAGAUGUUUUCAAUCCGUUAAUUGGCGAUUUUAUCUCGUCUACUUGGGAACUAUUGACAAAAUUGCAACCCAAGGCCAAAAAUGAUAUAUUAGUUUCAAAGUCUAUGUUAUUUUUAUCUUCAGUGGCAAGAAUUCCUCAUUUUUUCAAAACAUUUAAUAGCGAAGAUGCGAUGUCAGUUCUAGUGGAUAAGAUUAUUUUGCCUAACAUCACAUUACAUGAAUCAGAUGAGGAAUUGUUUGAAGAUGAUCCAAUUGAGUAUAUUAGAAGAGAUUUAGAAGGUUCGGAUUCUGAUACUAGAAGACGUUCAUGCACUGAUUUUUUGAAGGUUUUGAAGGAAAGGAACCAAGAAUUGGUUACUUCUGUUAUUUUGAAUCGUAUUAAUGACUUUUUUAUUAAGUAUCAAGAGAAUCCGGCAGCAAACUGGAAGUACAAAGAUCUUUCUGUUUAUUUAUUUGUGUCAAUUGCAGUGGAUGGAAACAUUACCAAUAUUGGUGUUACUUUGGUUAAUAAUUUAUUGAAUGUUGUUGAUUUCUUCACUCAGCAUAUCAUGGGAGAUUUGAAAAAUGAUUCUUCCCUUAAUCCAAUUUUGAAGGUUGAUGCAAUUAAAUAUAUAUACACUUUUAGAAACCAAUUGAAUAAGGCUCAAUUAGUGGAGUUAUUGCCUGUCUUGGCCAAUUUUUUGCAAAACUCUGAGUAUAUUGUUUACACUUACGCGGCGAUCACCAUUGAGAGGAUAUUAUCGAUUAGAGAAAGUGCCAGUUCUACCAAGUUUAUUUUUACUAAAUCCGAUUUGUCUAACAGCGCCCAACUUUUGUUGGUCAACUUAUUUCAGUUAAUUAUGAAAAACUCAACCACUCCUGAAAAAUUGGCAGAAAACGAAUUUUUAAUGAAAACAGUAUUUAGAAUUUUAUUAAUAGGCGAAGAUAUUGCCAACAAUAUUUCUAUGGAUUUAUUAGGUCAAUUAUUACAAAUUAUUAGCAUUAUUGCAAAGAACCCUUCGAACCCGCGCUUUACACAUUAUAUUUUUGAGUCAGUAGGUGUUAUAAUAAAAUAUAAUGAUUCUAGAAACUUGAGCCAAGAAAUUGAAUUAAUGAUGCCAAUAAUGUUAGAGAUUUUAAAAGAAGAUGUACAAGAAUUUAUUCCAUAUAGUUUCCAAUUGAUCGCAUACUGUUUGGAGAGUUUGCCAUCUGGCUCUUCUAUUCCGAAUUCCAUCUGUCAAUUGUCAGCUCCAAUAUUGUCACCUGCUAUUUGGGAAUUGAAGGCUAAUGUCCCUGCUGUUACAAGAUUAUUGAAAAAUUUUGUCAAAUGUGACAACACAAUAUAUCCAGAUCUGGUUCCAGUUUUGGGGGUUUUCCAAAGAUUAAUAUCAUCCAAAGCGUUUGACAUUUACGGGUUUGAAUUGUUGGAAUAUAUAAUUACCUAUAUUCCAAUGGAAAGCUUGCAUCCGUUUUUGAAGGAGAUCACGGUUUUAUUGUUCCAGCGUUUGCAAAAUUCAAGAACAGAAAAAUACACAAAGAGAUUUGUUGUAUUUUUAGGUGUUAUAAGUACCAAGAAGAGCGGUGAUUUUGUUGUAGAGUUUAUUGAUAGAGUGCAGGAUGGUAUUUUUUCUCAAAUAUGGAACAAUUUUGUCAUCCAAACAAUCCCUACUUUUGGCAAUUUGUUGGACCGUAAGAUUAGUUUGAUUGGAGCUUUGAAUAUUGUUACUAAUAGUCAACUUUUUAAUAGCAAGUAUUCCAACUUGAUACCAUCGACCUUGGAUGUUAUAAUUACCACUGUAGUUUCCGAUAGUGUUAUCAAUAUGAAAAACGAUUAUGUUGAUUUGGAAAACUUGGAGGAAAUUACAACAUUUGGCUCAAGUUUUAGCAAGUUAAUUAGUAUUUCCGAAAAACCAUAUGAUCCGUUACCUCAAAUUGACUUAGUAGAUGGUGUUAAAGUGUAUAUUGCGCAGAAAUUAAGUUCGUCUUCGUCAUUGUUGGUUUUAUUUGCGGACCAAUUAAGUAUAGAUGCUAAGAAUGGUUUGAUCCAAUUGGGUUUGAGUUAG